GACUUCUUCUUCUUCACAUUGUCAAACCUUUAGAAAGCAACAUCCAAAACCUCGACCACAAAACAAACAACCGAAGGCAGGCGAGCGCAAAACAAGAAAGAAAAAUGAACACGAGCAUCCUCGUUCUUCCCAACCCCCGGAAGCAACACGCCAUUCGGCGGCUCCACAAGGACUGGAGAGAACUGAAACAAGAAAAAGACACGCUGCCAACCAUCUCGGCUGCUCCCACCUCCAGCAUUUUCGAAUGGCAUUGCAAUCUCAGGCCAGAUCAUGGACCAUACGCGUCCACAAUCAUUCAUCUGAUACUUCAAUUCACAGAGGAUUAUCCACACAAGCCACCUCGAGUAAAGCUUUGCUCGUGGAUGAACCACCCCAACGUCUUUUCGGGAGGGUACAUAUGCCUUGACAUGAUUCAACCAUGGGGACAACGGUAUCCACAACCCUACACGGGCUGGACCUCGGCAUACUCGGUUCUCAGUCUGUUGCUGCAGCUGCAGUCCUUCUUGUUUGCCGAGAACAUUCCUCAAAUAUACGGCACAGCAAAGGGCCUCCUUGGUGGGAGACGAUCCAAGGGGAAAAUUGGCGACGCCAUUCAUCGUGCUCAACAAUUCACUUGCGCAGUCUACACACACGACGGAACACGGAGAAUACACACGCACAGCAACCCGUGGCCGCCUCUGCCGACAGCCACGGGUAUGGUUCCGCAGCCAUCACUAUUAUCACGACGAGACACACAACGGGCCAACAAACCCCUUCCUUUCCUGCCACGCGAGAUUUUUACAAAAAUCUUUUCCUUUCUGAACAUCAGAGGGCUGGUCCAGGCUCGGGAUGCUUGCGCCGAAUGGGGAAGAAUUGUCCAUUCGUUCAACCUAUUUGAACGAUCCCAAGUCAUGUGCUUUCAUACCAAGGCCACUGUCGACGACCCGGACACCAUCCUGGGCAUUGGCCUGAGCGUGGAAUACUACCCAGACGGCAAGACACUCAAGAUGGCCACGUCGCCGCUCGAUGUCUUGUCACUGCAUGCUUUUCAGAAGGAAAAUAUCCGCGGGGACGUUUGGGGAACCCGUCGCUUUGGUUUCUUUCUGCCGCUGGUCUUGAAUCCUGAUCAUUCCGCCCGGGCUGUGGACAGAAUGGAAAAAACAAUGUAUUCCAUUAUGAAGAACAGCGUCCUGCAUUCAUACGAUAGCAACAGACGGCAACCACCACCACCCCGUCUUCGUUACGACCAGAAAGCCCACGCCGCGUUUCACCCACUCAUGGCCUUUCAGUUGCUGGCAAUUAUGAUGAAUUCCAUGGUCGUCCAGCUCAUGAAUGCAGCCGAAGAAGGGGGAGAAGUCACCCGCUACGCCAGCGAAAAGGCUCUCGAAGGCUACUGCGCGUUCCACCAUAUUCUUUUGUUUUUUGCCAAGAGAUAUCCCGUGCUCGAGCAACACGCAGAGAAGCAAGUCUCUCGCUUCCUCUCGGCCUACUACUUUCGGCACAAGCUCCAAGAACCAAAUUUGGGAUUGCUUCUGAUAUGUCUCACUUUGAGCAAAACUGGAUGGAAUUCCCUCCGAAAACCACUCGUCAUGGAGGCAUUUGAUCGCAAUGUACGUUGGCUUUUGCGAAGCUACCCAUUGCUAGCGGAGGACUCCAUAUCUGCGGAAGAUCGGUUACAAUGGACUUUCCAGGGUGCCAAGACGUCCCUUCGCCUGUUGAUGUUCCAAGCCUACUUUAUGUCGCGUAUUGGCAGGCCCUCAAAUAAGCGUGGUCCCAUGGAAGUGUUGGAUCAAUACGAACGGCAAAUGGGAAAGCCAACCCCCAAGCAAAAGAAAGACCUUCAACGCAACGCCAAAGAGAUUCUUGCGGUUACGACGUGGUCUCGAUUCUUUCAGCGCUUGGGUGGGCCGAUACCAUCGGAUGCUCGGCUUGCAGAUAUUCUGAAGCAGGCCGUUGCCAAUAGCUUGCGAAAGAGAUACCACGACCCAAACGAAGAAGCCAACAGAGUACUGAAGGAGAGGAUUCGGGAGGAAAGGUGGCAAGCUGGAGCGGAUGAGCGCGAGCAACGAGAGGCAGAGAGACUGCAAGAAUUCUGGGAAACGAGGGAACGGACGCAGCGGGAGAGGAGAGAGGCGGAGAGGGAACACAUGGCUCAGGAAGAGUUGGAGCGAGGCCAGGGGACUUUGCAAGGAUUCGCGGGUCGGCCACGGAGAACUAGUUAGCUAAAGGCUAAUUGAUGCUAGCUUGCCUAUGGCUGGCGGAGCGGCGAAUGCUUGCCUUGUUCGUUUCGUUCGUGCUUCUUGGUCAAAUAGGGGCUACCCAGCGGGAUCCUCGCCAAUCCAAGGCGCCAUGGGCUCGUCCCUCUGCGAAGCUGGAAACACAUGAAGUUCUGCCGCCAAAUCCAAGAGUCGUGAAUGGUAAUUGGAUUUUUGGAUAAAAGUAAAAAAGGCUUGGUUCCCAGCGUAUUAAUAGUUUCUUUGUGCAACAUUGGUAAAAAUGAAUAAACUAAACAAACCGAAAGACUCAGAACAGAAAAAUGAGGCAUGUCUCCAAAAGCCGUUGCUCAUCAUCCGAUGUACCG